UUCCUUUCGGCACCUCCUCCGGCUCCCUUCGCUCCUCCCAUGCCUCCUGACUCUGCGUGCACGUCAAAAGAUCUCCAUCCGCAGUUGCAUGUGCUUUCACAUCACCCCCCCCCCCCCCACCCUCAGCCCGCCCCUCCCCACACACCCCAGCAGGGAACGAGAACAAGAAUGAGAGAAACUGAGAGUGUGGCGGCUGCAGUCACUUUCCAAGGUAAUCUGGGAGGAUCGCUUCCCUUCCCUUCCCGUCUCGUCGCCCCGGCCCUGGUGUUUACGCGCAUGCUGCCGUCUCUCCCCCCGAGCGGCUCCACAGACUUCCGUCACCACAACACGCAGCGAGGGCGGCUCGCUGGUCGCCUCACUCCCAGGAGCGAGGACUCAAGAUGCAGCAGCAUCAGCAGCAGCAACAAGAAGAAGUCAUGUUUUCGUAUUCCCCUUCAGAUCUGCGGCGCCUGCCGCAGCAGCGGAUGUCACGCGGACAUUCGUACGAAGAGAGAACUUCGUGGAACCCGAAGUGCUCUGCGGUGGCCGACCGUCAGAUGCUGCUUCUCGACGAACAGGAGGCGGGGAGGCGCAUUGCGUCAGCCAGGGCCCAUCUCCUGCGACGCACCAUCAGCGUUCCUGUGGAAACUCAGUUUCCAGAGUUCCACAGCCAGCUUUCCACAGAGAGCGGUAAGCAGCCCAAAGCUCCCCGCUGCUAACGCCGAGCUCUCUCAAGUUUUUUUUUUCUUUCUUUCAUUUUUUUCUGUUUUUUUUCUGGAAAGAAUUUCACUGGCUUCACAGGCAAUUUCAUCUGCGAGCGUCAGCAAAGAUGUUUGAUUCACUGAAAUCUGACUUUUUCAUGCAUUUGAGUCAGACUCGAAUGGAGUGGAGGGGCGGUCCUCCAGAGAAGGACGGCCGAUUCGUUGCCCAGCUCAACGAGGGGAUUUGUGUCGUGUUUUGUUUCUACCGCUUAUCCACUAGAUGGAGAGCUUGCUGCUUCUCGCUGCUGCUCUGCACUCAUCACACUUCAACACUCAGAAAUAGGUGUAAAAGUUUUUUUGUUGGCAUGCAGUCUUUAGGCUUAAGUGUGUAAACUUGAUCCAAAUAGAGAAUCUUAAUUAAAGAUCAGGGUUGACAAUCAACACAUAAAGUCA